AUGCCUCAGGUAGUAUCCAAGCAGACCCCGGAGGAGCGGCGCAGGGGUGAGUUGGCGCUCAGCGAGUUCGCCGAUUACGUGGAGAAGGAACAAAAGCGUCGCGCCGAACUCUCCUCCCUGACGACCGCGGGGCCUCCCAGCGAUAGCGGAUAUGGAACCAUCAGCCCAUCAGUCGUGACUGAAGAACAUGCGGAACUUGAUAUUCUCGACCAACUUGGUCUGAGCGAUGUACCAAGUCCAGUAAAACUCAAGGAUGUCCUUCUAGGCACGGCUCCGACGGAUGAUGAGAACAGCCUUCAGGUUCUUGCAGGGAUUAUUCAAAGGCGCAUUGAUGAAGGCCAAGGCGAGACAUUAUUUGACCUGGGUCUUGAGGAUAACGGGGAUUCAAUGAACCUUGAGCGAGCUCAGUGGGACACGGCGCUUGGACGUCUCCAGGAGGCGGCAAAUGCAAUUCCUGCUCAAUGUCGAGUGCUACUAACUUACAAUAUCGGUGGUGCAGAAGAGGCUCAAACGCGCAUCGAGAGGAUGAAGGGGUGCUGCGGGAAAGUGUUGAUCCGCCAGAUUCCAGAUCGGGCUGAAGAGGUGAUCGAGACGAGAAUUGCUGUUGUAGGUAAUGUCGACGCCGGCAAGAGUACGCUUCUUGGUGUCCUGGUUAAGGGACAUCUCGAUGAUGGUCGUGGUAAAGCGCGAGUCAACCUGUUCCGACACAAGCACGAGAUUGAGAGCGGCCGGACUAGUUCUGUUGGUAUGGAGAUUAUGGGAUUCGAUGCCCGAGGAGAGAUUAUUGGAAGCGACAAGGGCCGCAAAUUAUCUUGGGAAGAAAUCGGCAAGAAGUCGGCCAAAGUCAUUUCCUUCUCUGAUCUUGCGGGCCACGAGCGCUAUCUACGGACCACUGUCUUUGGCAUGUUGAGUAGCAGCCCAAAUUACUGUCUCCUGAUGGUGGCAGCCAACAACGGAUUGGUAGGAAUGAGCAAAGAGCAUUUGGGAAUUGCACUUGCGCUGAAUGUGCCUGUGAUGGUGGUCAUUACCAAAAUCGAUAUAUGUCCGCCACAGAUUCUGCAGCAGACCAUAACCCAGCUCACACGGAUCCUGAAAUCUCCUGGUGCUAGGAAAAUCCCUAUCUUCAUCAAGGAUAUGGAUGAGACAGUCAACACAGCCACUCAAUUUGUCAGUCAACGUAUCUGUCCCAUCUUUCAGGUGUCCAAUGUUACCGGCGAGGGUCUUGAUUUGGUUCGCACAUUCCUCAACAUACUUCCUCAUCAUGGACAUUACAAUGCCCAGGCGCCUUUUGAGUUUCUUGUUAAUGACCAUUUCUCUGUUCCUUUCGUCGGUACAGUGGUAUCCGGUGUUGUCAAGUCGGGGGUUGUGCAUGCAGGCGAUACGGUACAGAUCGGACCCGACUCUCUGGGUCAGUUUACUUCGACUGUCAUCAAGUCAAUUGAGCGUAAGCGGAUACCUGUCAAUGUAUGUUCUGCGGGACAAUCUGCUUCGUUUGCAUUGAAGCGUGUUCGAAGAAGAGAGGUCCGAAAGGGUAUGGUUGUGAUGGCCAAGCAGGAGAAUGAGCCUCCUAAAGUAUAUCGAGAAUUUGUCGCUGAAGUACUCAUUCUUUCUCAUGCCACCACUAUCCGCCCCAAGUACCAGGCCAUGCUUCACGUCGGAGCGGUCAGUCAAACAUGCGCAAUUAUUGACAUUGACCGCGCCUUCAUCCGUACCGGAGAUCGAGCACUAGUCGCAUUCCGUUUCAUUCAGCGUCCAGAGUUUUUGUCCGUUGGCGACAGGGUACUGUUCCGUGAAGGCCGCACAAAGGGUCUCGGCAUUGUCAAGAGCGUUGGCUACGAUCCUAAACAUCCAUUGAAUCCGGAAGCUUCUACUGCUACUACGGAAACUGCUCCUGCUACCGCUACUGUCAAAGACAUCCAGGAGCAAGGCAAAACCGUGGCUGCUAAAAGUGCAUGA